AUGGCCUCGGUGGUGGCAGAUACUUUGCGGUUGACAUUUAAACUUUUGCUUAGCAAGAUGCGCGAUACAGGAGCCGAGAAUCUUAAACACGGAGAUGUAAGCGACGAGAGAUUCAGGGAUUUCAUCGUCCGCGAACUCACUGCCAUACGCGAAAAACUCGAGGGAUUGUGCAAGAUGGACCUCAUCUCUUCCGCCAACUUUUUCAAAGAUGGGGUCAGUUUAAUGUACCACAGCUUUGCAAAGUCUGGAAAAGGUGGACCAACCAUUAAAACUGAAGUGUUAACGUUUAAGAGCGAUUUUGACGACGUUAGCCUUUUCAAUACUGACGCAACUAAUAUAGAACUAGAUGAAUGGGAAGUUCUACAUCUCAUGUCUGACGGAUUGCAAUUUGACAAAAUCGAUUCCGAAGACAAGUUUUUCAUCGAAGCUAAAGAUUUUCUCAAGAAAGCCGCUGAANCAUUAAAACUGAAGUGUUAACGUUUAAGAGCGAUUUUGACGACGUUAGCCUUUUCAAUACUGACGCAACUAAUAUAGAACUAGAUGAAUGGGAAGUUCUACAUCUCAUGUCUGACGGAUUGCAAUUUGACAAAAUCGAUUCCGAAGACAAGUUUUUCAUCGAAGCUAAAGAUUUUCUCAAGAAAGCCGCUGAAAGCGCUAUUAAGGCUUUUAGCAAUGAAGGUUUGGACAUUUACGAUCGGGUCUUGUCAAUGAAGUUCAGAGUUGCGGCGACCAUGCUAGAGUUCAUUGCCGAACCGGAAGUCGCAGUGGUGUUGUGCAAAAACUAUCUCGAGCAGUUGAACAGUUUACCGGAAGUUCGUCGGGUAUUUUCCGUGCGGUUCGGCAGCUUUAACUUGAGAAAGCUGUUUUGCGAAAUGAAAAGGGAAGCUCUUAUCAGUGCAGUGGUGUCUAUAAAUCGCAUCUUGUGGGAAUAUUUACAUCUUUGCUCGAAGGGUGACGAGUUUCUUCGAAAUUGGCCCGAAAUUCCUGUAGAUUCCUCCCACAAAAUUCACCCGGUCUUGAACAGGGAAGUUUGUAGGGGUUAUUUCUGGUCUUUUGGUGAGUUCGGAGCAGAUCCAGCGCAAUUAAACGGCCCGGUUGACAUCGCCACGAACAGCAAGGGUGAUUUCUUAGUUGCCGAUCGAUAUAACUUCCAGAUAAAAAUGUUCUCAAGAGAUGGCGCAUUGAGUAGGAGAGUUUGUGAGCUUGCUUUGCUGCAAACCUUCAACGAAGACACGGUAGUGACUAACCUUCUUCACCCUCAAUGCAUUGAUGUCGACAAAAACGACAGGGUCUAUGUUGGAAGCAGCUAUAAAUCCUACAUAAACCUUCAGUUCACAAACGAAAUAAUUGUCGUAGACAAAAACGGGAAUUUUUGUUGGAGUUUCGGACGGGGCCUGCCUAGCUUCAAUAAAGGCCAGUUGACAAGUCUUGCUGUGGAUAGAAACAGGGACAGAAUUUUUGCGUUGUGCGAAAAGACUGUGUUUGUUUUGAACACAGACGGGACUUUCUUGUCAUGCUUUACGUUCACUGGCGAGUUCACACAAGCUCAGGAGUCACAUAUGUGCGUGACAACGCGUGGCGACUUGAUCGUGACAGCUUUGAACGCUGUGUUCGUCAUUUCAAAGCGGGCUGCCAAUGAUGCGAGCCUUAAGUCGCGUACUAUUCUCCCGUCCCUGUUUAUCAAGCCUCACAGGAAAAUUCCCAGCAACUUUACUCCAUCAGGAAUAACUUUCAACCCUCACACUGAAGAAGUUGUUGUAGUUGACCGGGCCAGCAAUGCUUUAAUAGCGUUUGACCCUGUGGGUAAUUUCAAAAGGAAAGUCUACUUUUAUGAGAAAUACGCAUCAGGAGGAGCGACCAUCACAAGAGACGGUCACGUGGCCGUUGCUAGUAAGUCAAGCAAUAAGGUUUUAGUAUUGUGA